UAAAUAUGACAUUUCUAGAAAGGUGAAAAAAUUUCAACGUGUGCAAACCUUCCAAAAUCUACCAAAAGUGAAAAUAAAUAAAUAAAUCGUAAUCGCAAAUAAAAGUUCUCCUAGCUAUCGGAUUUUAAUUUUAUUACAGUUCAGUGUGGACAUAAAACUGAUCAAGUACAUGGAAGGUUUUGUUUUCAACAUACAGGGACCGUUUGCUCAACUUUAGAAAUGGGUGAAAAAUCUGUGAUCACCAGCAGAACUUUAAAUGCCCAACAAACAAAAAGGAAUGCCUCCGAUUUCGUAUUCGGUAAACUUAUAGGAGAAGGCAGUUACAGUGUGGUGUAUUUGGCGAAAGACAUACACACUGGAAAAGAAUAUGCAGUUAAGGUUUGCGAAAAAUCUUUGAUUGUUCGAGAGCGCAAACAGGAUUAUGUCAAACGGGAACGUGAAGCUCUCAACAAACUAAGCGGUUUGCCAGGAUUUCUCAAUCUUUAUUGCACAUUUCAAGAUCCUAGGAAACUAUACUUUGUGAUGACAUAUGCAACAAACGGAACAUUACUUCAGUUUCUAGAUAGAACUAAUAGCUACAACUUGGAGUGUGCAAAGUUUUAUUCGGCAGAAAUUCUUCUUACUUUAGAAUAUAUGCAUAAAAACGGCAUCAUACAUAGAGAUCUUAAACCGGAAAAUAUUCUAUUAGAUGAUAACUUUCACGUGAUGAUAGCUGACUUCGGUUCAUCUAGACUUGAUGAAGUAUGCGACGUUAAUCAAAGUGCUGAAUGUCCAGAUCAAACGCAACGUGGAAUAUAUUCACAGACUAUGGAAACUGAAAAUUUGAAAAGUAAGAGGGGCAGUUUUGUUGGAACAGCUCAGUACGUUUCACCAGAGAUACUAAAAGGAAAAACUUCUUCGAGAUCGUCUGAUUUAUGGUCAUAUGGAUGUAUAAUCUACCAAAUGUUGACAGGGGUUCCUCCAUUUCAAGGACCUAACGACUACUUAAUUUUUCAAAAAAUAUCUAAACUGGAACUGAUAUUUCCUGAAAAAUUCGACGAGCAAGCAAAAGAUUUAGUUGUUAAAUUACUUGUAUUAGAUCCCCGAAAUAGAUUAGGAUUUAAUGACAGCUGUCCUUAUACAAGUAUACGAAAUCAUAAAUUUUUUGAAGGUUUCGUUUUUUCAAAAAUAAGAGAUUCACAACCCCAUUUUAUUAGCGUAGCAAUUAAAGAUUCAUCAUCUCUUCAAAACAUAGAAAAAUUCAAGUUUCCUUCCGAUAUAACACCUGGUUUAAACGAUACAGACAUUUCCAGACUGAUUGGCUUAGAUAUCAACAAAACGGUGCCUCGUAUAGAAAAAGAUUGUACUGUUGUGCCAGAAGCUGAUGAUAAUAUCAAAAUGAAACAAAAACCUGAUAUCUGGCAGCAAUUCGUUGGUGGAGAAACGAUUCUUAAACAGGGCUUCAUCAUCAAAAGGAAAGGAACGUUAUACGUAGCCAGACGACGCAUGCUUCUGUUGACAUCUGGACCUCGCUUGAUUUACGUUGAUCCCAUUCAGAUGGUUGUCAAAGGUGAAAUUCCUUGGGACAAAAACCUGAGAGCGGAGGCAAAAAAUUUUAAAAAUUUCUUCAUACACACGACUCACCGAACAUAUUUUCUAGAGGACCCUCAAGGAUAUGCAUUAGAAUGGUGCGAAGCAAUCACGGAUAAACACAAACAAAGUUUUCAAAAAUUUGAGUAGUAUUUACAUUGGUAUUAGUUUCAAGCAGGGAUGAGAAUGUCAUACAAAAGACAGUCGCGAUCGUGACAGUCGCAUAACAUUUUCCAAUGACAUUCGAAAAUGUCGCAAUGACAUUUUAGGUCAUCCAAAAAAAUGUUAAACGACUGGAAAAAAUGUCAUUGGAUUUUGCAAUGACAGUCGCUCAGAAAAAUGUUAUCGAAUUAUUCAUCUCGAUAACAUUUUUUACUUGCGACAGUCGAAGUUUCUGUUGGUCCUCUAACUGUCGGAAUGACAUUUUUGAAUUUUCGAUUCCGUGACUGUCAAGGAAAAAUUUUAAAAAUGUCAUGGUUUUGACAGUCAUGACAUUCAUUGGCCAAGGCCAAUCUGGCCGGUUCCGAAACCCGGAA